AAUCAACUUUAACCACCAAAUUGAAUCUUCUUCUUCUUCUUCUAUCUCAGAUCCUCCAUUGACGUACUCUCCGAUUCCUCAUUUGGAUUAGGUAAUAUUAACACUAUGAUCAUUUCAAACUCAAUCGAAGACGAUGAGAAGUGGCUCGCCGAAGGCAUCGCCGGCAUUCAGCACCAUGCUUUUUACUUACAUCGUGCUUUGGAUGCCAAUAAUCUUAGGGAAGCACUCAAAUACUCGGCUCAGAUGCUUUCCGAGCUUCGAACUUCUAAGCUUUCGCCUCACAAAUACUACGAACUCUAUAUGCGAGCUUUUGACGAAUUGAAAUCGCUGGAGAUGUUUUUCAAGGAUGAGAGCCGGCAUGGCGUCUCCAUUGUUGAUCUUUACGAACUGGUUCAGCACGCGGGAAACACAUUACCCAGAUUGUAUCUUUUGUGUACGGUGGGGUCUGUGUGCAUCAAAUCUAAGGAAGUUCCUGCUAAGGAUGUGCUCAAAGAUCUUGUGGAAAUGUGCCGUGGUGUUCAACACCCAAUACGCGGGCUCUUUCUGAGAAGCUAUCUUUCUCAAGUUAGUAGAGAUAAGUUGCCUGAUAUUGGUUCCGAGUACGAAGGUGGUGCUGAUACUGUCAUGGAUGCUGUGAAUUUUGUGUUACAGAAUUUCACAGAGAUGAAUAAGCUUUGGGUUCGAAUGCAGCAUCAGGGACCUCAUCAGUUAAAAGAGAAGCUGGGAAAGGAAAGAAGGGAGCUUCGUGACCUUGUGGGGAAAAAUCUCCAUGUUCUUAGUCAGAUAGAGGGUGUCGACCUUGAAAUGUACAAGGACACUGUCCUUCCCAGGGUCUUGGAGCAGGUUGUCAAUUGUAAAGAUGAUCUGGCUCAAUAUUACUUGAUGGAAUGCAUAAUUCAGGUGUUUCCUGAUGACUACCACUUGCAGACCCUGGAGACACUGUUGAGUGCUUGUCCCCAGCUUCAGCCAACAGUUGAUACCAAGACAAUUUUAUCUCAAUUAAUGGGGAGAUUAUCAAAUUACGCUGCAUCUAAUGCUGAUGUAUUACCUGAAUUUUUGCAAGUGGAAGCUUUCAGUAAAUUAAGCAGUGCCAUUGGCAGGGUGAUAGAAGCACAGGUUGACAUGCCUAUUGUUGGAGCCAUAACAUUGUACGUUUCCCUUCUUACAUUUACUCUUCGCGUUCAUCCUGAUCGUCUUGAUUAUGUUGAUCAAGUACUGGGAGCAUGUGUGAAGAAGCUCGCUGGAAAUCCUAAGCUUGAAGAUAAUAGAGCAACUAAACAAGUUGUUGCACUUCUAAGUGCUCCAUUAGAAAAAUAUGACGAUACUGUCACAGCUUUAACGCUUUCCAAUUAUCCUCGUGUUAUGGACCACCUUGAUAAUGGAACAAAUAAAGUCAUGGCAAUGGUUAUCAUUGAAAGCAUAAUGAAAAACAAUACUUGCAUCUCCACUGCUGAUAAGGUUGAUGUGUUGUUCGAAUUAAUUAAAGGUCUCAUCAAGGAUCUGGACGGAACUUCUAUAGAAGAGCUUGAUGAGGAAGAUUUUAAUGAUGAGCAAAAUGCUGUUGCUCGUCUCAUACACAUGCUUUAUAAUGAUGACCCAGAAGAGAUGUUAAAGAUGAUAUUUACUGUCAAGAAGCAUGUAACGAAUGGAGGGCCGACUCGACUACCUUUUACUAUUCCUCCUCUUGUAUUUUCUGCACUCAGGUUGGUUAGGCAAUUGCAAGGCCAAGAUGGAGAGGUAGUGGGAGAAGAAGUGCCCACGACACCCAAAAAAAUCUUUCAGCUUCUAAACCAGAUCAUCGAAGUUCUUUCUUCUGUUCCAUUUCCUGAAUUGGCUUUAAGGUUGUACCUGCAAUGUGCUGAGGCCGCUAAUGACUGUGAUCUUGAACCCAUUGCUUACGAAUUUUUCACUCAAGCAUUUGUACUGUAUGAAGAAGAAAUUGCGGACUCUAAAGCCCAGGUGACUGCCAUGCAUUUAAUAAUUGGGACUCUCCAGAGAAUGAGUGUAUUUGGAGUUGAGAAUAGGGAUACUUUAACACACAAGGCAACAGGGUAUUCAGCAAAACUGUUGAAGAAGCCUGAUCAGUGCAGAGCUGUAUAUGCAUGUUCACAUCUUUUUUGGGUCGAUGAUCAAGGUGGUAUCAAGGACGGAGAAAGGGUCUUGCUUUGCCUUAAGCGUGCCUUGAGGAUUGCAAAUGCUGCUCAACAAAUGACCAGUGUUACUCGGGGUAGCAGUGGACCUGUCACUCUCUUUGUUGAGAUACUAAACAAGUACCUCUACUAUUUUGAGAAAGGUAAUCCCCAUGUCACAAAUACUGCAAUUCAGGGGCUGGUGGAAUUAAUCAGAAAUGAACUCGAAAGUGACUCUACAACCCGAACCUCAGACCCUUUCUUUAGCAGCACAUUGCGCUACAUUCAGUUCCAGAAACAGAAAGGCGGUGCAAUGGGUGAGAAAUUUGCUUCUAUAAAGAUUUGAAUACUGUUCAGUCACAUGUGAAAGGUCCAAAAUGUUUUUUUACAAGCUCGUUGUGAUUGUUGGUAUCGGAGGGGACUUUGAUUGGGUUGAGGUGAUUUCUUGCAUUCUUCAUUCUUCUAUUGGAAACUUAUGUACAGUUCUGACACCCCCUAUUCGGUUCGAUAUAUUUAUUUUCUUCCAUGUAGAUUAAUCAUUGUGUUGUUUUUCUUUGUCUAAUAAAUUGAACUGGAUCGUAGGACCAUGUGAAGAUUGGGAUUAAAUUCUUUGA